AAAAUUCAACUGUACAGAACUAGCAGCAUAUCCCGUUAGUGUGGAGGUGGAACCUACAAUAGUUAUGCAAUAGUAGCUUUAAUAUUGAGUGCAACAUGAGAUGGCUCUUGAAUUGAGCAUUUUGACCCUGAAUAUAUGGGGAAUUCCGUUCAUAUCAAAAGAUCGUGAAGUGAGGGUACAAGCAAUUGGCGAUGUGCUAGCCAGUGGGAAUUACGAUAUAGUUUCACUGCAGGAGGUUUGGUCCGACAAUGAUUACCAGUAUCUGAGAAAGCGGGUUGAAGGCGUGCUUCCAUUUGCUCAUUACUUUUACAGUGGCGUGGUUGGAUCGGGUUUAGCGGUUUUCUCCAAGUUUCCCAUUGUAUCCGCCUUUUUCCAUGCAUGGUCGGUUAACGGAUACGUGCACCGGAUCCAGCACGGUGAUUGGUUUGGUGGAAAGGGCGUUGGAUUGGCCAAAAUUCUUGUCCAUGGCCAACUCGUACAUAUGUACGCUGCUCAUUUACACGCUGAGUAUGACCGCAAACGUGAUGAUUACAUGGCCCACCGCGUCAUCCAGGCGUAUGACACUGCUCAAUUUAUCGAGAGUACGCGUGGAACGGCGGUGGUCCAGAUAUUGGCUGGCGAUCUGAACACUGAACCGGGUGACUUAGCCUACCGGGUGCUUCAAACAACUUCCAAACUAACGGAUUCCGUUGAUAGAACAAUGUACGUCAGCUUCCUGCUGGGAACGAAUGAGAUAGGCAAAAACACUUACACCGAUCCAGAGUUAGCUAGAAAGAAUCCCCAGGGAAAGCGGAUCGAUUAUAUAAUGUAUCGGUUCGCGGAUCACUACGAGGGACAGCUGCUGGAGCAUCAUUUGCCACUGCCGGAGCGGAUUCCCGGUAAAGAUAUAAGCUAUUCGGAUCACGAAGCCGUGUAUGUUAAGAUCAUUUUAAAAAAGGCCAGCUCGUCGACUAUCCAGAACUUGAUUGCAUGUAGCGGUAACCGGCAGGACCACAGUGAUGGAGCCGAACAGUGCGAAAGUGACCAGGAAACCGUUCUCGCAUUGCGAGAAAGCAUUGUCAUCUGCAACGAAAGCCUAAAACAGCUGGAAUCACACAAACGUAGUUAUACGCUAAUGGCCAUCGCGGUGAUUAUCGUUUUGCUCAACACACUUGAACUGGAUGCUCCCUACGGAUUGAAGACGGCCUAUUUACUGUUGAGGUUUUUACUCUGUGGAUUUAUUAUAUUCUUCGUGUUCAUGGCUACGAUCUGGAAUGUUAUGGAGAAGCAUGCCAUACUGGCUGGAAAGUUGUCGAUGGAGAUCGCCCUGAAAGGGCUUAAUGAUGUCGGUGAGGUAGGCAAGCCGGAUGAGUAUUUUGAAGCUGCCCAUUAGCAGACUGUUUCGGUUAUCCGAGAGAAGGAUUAAAGUUGACAACGUACUUCUGUUGAUCUGAAGUUAUUUUCUCGACAUUUUAUUUUAUAUUUGAUCAAGUAAUUCCAAUACGUAUCUUUGCUCUGAUAUAUGAAAUGAUAAGUUUUUUAAAGUGUAUUGCAUUGACUGAAAGUGAAAGAAUGAAAUAAAAAAAAAAGUCUUAAAUUGUG